AUGGCGUACUCGGUUGCGGGCGCCUCAGCGUUGUUGCUGCUGUUGCAUGCAGCUGGUGUUCGUUUGCCGCCUGUGGUAGCAGCUUGGCAGCUGAUACCGCCAGAAGAGCUGUUUGAGUUACAUGAAAUUUUUGUUCUGCCGACUGGCGCAGAUGCCGGCAUGGACGCAGUCCAGCAUGCUAUGCUGGCUUACUCUGGCUAUGAUUGGCGUGCUUUGGAGAAUGGUUGGCUUGCGUUGCAAGAUUGUUUGGUGCGACAUCAUAGGAGGCAUCCAAAUCCCAAUGCUGCCUUGUGUGCAAAUGCGGCUACUUUGUUUCGUCGUCAGAGACCGUGGCAUGGCCAUGAUGUUGACGUUGCUGCGUCAGUGCAGCAACUCUUGCGGGCGGUGGCCGCGGAUUGGCCGGAGAGUGUCCACAUCAUUUUCUUCUUCUUCGACCACUCCCGGCGUUACUCCUGCGUGUUGGACAGUCCAAAGUUGUCUUCACUGCGCAUACCCAUGGUGGAUUUGCUUAGUGAUGAUGAAGACACCUUCCCUGUCAAUGCGGCUGUGGACCCGGGAGAUUGCGAAAAGUCUCCAGACCAUGUGAUGCAGCCUGUUCAAGUCGGGGAAGACUCCAUGGAUGAGUGGAGUCCGAACCGUGGCUCGGAGUCUCCUCCACAUCUGCGUUGGAAAGAAACUGACAUGUAUCACCCUAUCAAUGCUCAGCACCCGGAGAUCGCCCGCAUCUUGCAGGGUGAGGAAGAAUGGCUUCAGGAGUUGUUGUCUCGCUCGAGUCCGAUCCGUGGCUCGGAGUCUCCUCCGCAUCUGCGUUGGAAAGAAACUGACAUGUAUCACCCUAUCAAUGCUCAGCACCCGGAGAUCGCCCGCAUCUUGCAAGGUGAGGAAGAAUGGCUUCAGGAGUUGUUGUCUCGCUCGGAAGUGGUACAAAGCUCCAGUGCUUCGUCUUCCAGUCCUCCACCAGCCGUGUCUCCUGAGUCUCUACGACAGCGUUUGGAUCGUCAGUUCAAGUGGGGGUAG